AAAUAUUAAAACAUAUAUAUAUAUAAAUGAUCAUUAUAUUAUGGAAAUUGUCAUCAAUUUAAUAAAUUACUAAUAAUUGCAGCAAUGUGGUUUGCUUGGCUCUACUCUUGAGUAAAGGAUUAUCUAAGGUACUGUAAUAUUCAAGCAAAAUAAAGACCAUGCCUCUGUCACUUUUACACUAAUGAACACAUUAUCAUGGUUUGUGUUGGUCUUAAGCUUGGUCAAGCUGGCCAUGUGCUGUUAUCUGGCACAUAUUACCAUGACCUAGUCUGUGCUUGUACUAAGCUGACCUUGUCUGGCUAGGUAUUAACUUGUUGACUAUAUCUGAUCCUCUGUAUCGCUUAACACCACCUUAUCAGUGUUUCUCUGUGUGUUUGAGAGAGAGAGAGAGAGAGAGAGAGAGAGAGAGAGAGAGAGAGAGAGAGAGAGAGAGAGAGAGAGAGAGAGAGAGAGAGAGACUUUUAUAUAGUGCAAAAAGUAUUUAUCAUGCAUCUGGUGAAAUUUUACCUGUUGAGGCUUAAUAAAACAUCCCUGGGGUUAGUCAUUAGACAAUGAAGCUGUCAACUAAUUAUUACUGUAAUCUACAUCUCAACAUGAAUGUUACAAGUGAAAAACUUCCAUGUUUUUGUAGCUGGAAUUUAAAUGUAGACUGCUCGACUUGUCUAAAAGUGAGAAAGAGCGCGUCAUCAAAAUUAAACUUUAUUAAAAUUCUUUUUUUUUUCACAGUCAAACUGUAUCCAUGCCAUCAUUAGCAGCAGUUUAUCGUAUUUCUGUGCUGAAUGUGGUUGAGCAUUGCUGUGUUCAAGUGGAAAUGGGAGUAUACUCUGAAAUCCCUUCAGAGGAAAAUAUGACGCAAUGAGAAAAAUAUUAAAAUAGCAGGCCUACCUUUGUUGCAAAUGCCUGGGUUAAGUGUUAAAUACAGAGAUGUUCUCAUCCAAUCCUAAGCAUCACACAGUUCCUUUUCAAAGUAGAGGAGGGCCAGGUUAGGGGUUGUCUGACAAAGACAGUUUAUAUAUUACAGUAUAUAAUUCUCUAGAGAAGAGGCAUUUUCAGCAGUUGCGGGAAGCUCUAAAGAUGCACACAUUUGCAUUUCCUGGCCACAAAAUUGUUAAUUAGGUAAGUCAUCAUAUGAAAGCUUCUGAGGGAGUUGUGCAUGGAUGACAGCAAGACCCAAUUCCAUUCCUGUUGUGUUUGCGUGUCUGUGUGUGUGUGUGUCUGUGAAAGAGAGAGAUAGAGAGACAGAGAGGGAGAUGGAGAGAGGGAGCCUACCUACUGCCCAUCACCUGAAGGUGCCAUGCCUUUGCAGCAGUGCAUCAUGUCUGAUGUGCAGCUGCUGCCCAAGCAGUAGAAACUCCACUGUCACCAGAGUCCUCUAUGCCUUCAUCUUGCUGCUGGGGACCAUUGUCGCUUGCAUCAUGCUGUCCCCGGGAGUAGGCGAGCAGCUCAGAAGGAUCCCAGGCUUCUGUGAAGAUGGGGCAGGUUCUUCUAUCCCCAGCCUACAGGCUAAUGUCAACUGUGAAAUGUUUGUGGGCUACAAGGCAGUGUACCGUAUCUGCUUUGGCAUGAGUAUGUGGUUCCUGGGAUUUUCUUCUCUAAUGAUCAAUAUCAAGAACAGCAGAGACCCCCGUGCUGCCAUCCAUAAUGGAUUUUGGUUCUUUAAGUUUGCUGUCUUGGUAGCAGUUACUGUGGCCGCCUUUUACAUUCCAGAUGGGCCUUUUACCUACUUGUGGUUUGUGGUGGGCUCUGGUGGAGCUUUCUUUUUCAUUUUGAUCCAGCUUGUGCUGCUGGUGGAUUUUGCCCACUCCUGGAAUGAGUCCUGGGUAGACAAGAUGGAUAAUGGCAACUCCAGUUUCUGGUAUGCAGCUUUGUUGGUGGUUACAGCGUUCAACUACAUCCUGUCAUUUACUGCCGUCAUAAUAUUCUUCAUCUUCUACACCAAGCCUGAUGUAUGCUUCAUCAACAAGUUCUUCGUCAGCUUCAACAUGUUGUUCUGCAUUGUGGCAUCUGUUGUCUCUGUCUUUCCCAAAGUACAGGAAUCUCAGCCACAUUCAGGUCUUCUACAGUCCUCCUUCAUCACCCUGUACACCAUGUUUCUGACCUGGUCUGCAAUGACCAAUGAACCUGACAGAGUAUGUAACCCCAGCCUGCUGAGUAUCUUUCAGCAGAUAACAACCCCCACGCUGGCCCCUCUUGAGAUAGAGAACCAGACGGCCGUGGUGAUCAUUGGCACAGAGGAACCUGUCCUAUCAUCUCCAUACCUGCAAUGGUGGGAUGCCCAGAGCAUUGUGGGGCUUGUCAUAUUUGUCCUGUGCAUUCUCUACUCCAGCAUUCGUUCAUCCAGCACCAGUCAGGUGAGAAAGCUGACCAUGGCCUCCAAAGAUUCAGCCAUUCUGGCUGAGGGUGGCAGCAGCCCUGACCUAUCAGAGGAGUUGACAGGACCCAGGCGGGUGGAGGACAAUGAGUGGGACAUGGUUCAGUACAGCUACUCCUUCUUCCAUUUCAUGCUCUUCCUGGCCUCACUGUACAUCAUGAUGACCCUUACCAACUGGUAUAGCCCUGACGCAGACUACACCAUAACUAGCAAGUGGCCAGCAGUGUGGGUGAAGAUCACCUCCAGCUGGGUAUGUUUGGCCCUGUACAUCUGGACCCUGGUAGCCCCCAUGAUCCUCACAAACCGAGACUUCAGUUGAUCGACCAUUCUCUCUCACUCCACUUUAUCUUGCACAAACUUGCGGUCAAACUCCAGCUAAAUAUUGAUAAUAUAUCAGAAUGAAACAAAACAUGGUAUGGUUCACAGAUGCCAUAACAACUGUGUAGGUACAUGUAUAAUAUAUGUAAUAUAUGCCAAUCACAUAUUUUGUGUUGAGGCUCUUAACACAACAAAUAUUAUUCAGAAUUAAAAUCAAAUAUGAUAUCUACUUUAUACAUUCAAAGUAUAUUAUUCAUUUUAGUAUUGCAACUCUCCUCAUUCAUUACUGUAGUAAAUACUGAGGGUUGGUUUGUGAAUUGCAUAUACUUUGCUGCUACGCCCUCCAAUGCCUUGUUUGUCUGUAAAAGGAUGGAGAUUUUGGAACAUGUUGAGAGUAAUCUUAAGUACAUCAGUGUAUUAAACCAUGGUGGAUAAACAUGACAAAUAUCUGCAAUAUGACUUGACGUCAGUUUAAGUUUCUGCCAAAUAUUAAUGGUCAAUGUAAAACAUGUAAAGGUGUCUUUAAGAUGUUGUGGUUACAUUUCAGUAUGUAACAUGAACCCAAGCACAACAGAACUGCACUGACAGUCACAUAGUUGUAUAACUCCUAAUAGUUUGGAAAAGCUUCCAAAAAGGUUAAAAUAAUUAUUUUGACUUGUUUUGUUUUUUUUCUUUUCUUAAUGAAUGUAUUUUGUUAAAUGGUUAAUGUUUAUGCAUCAAACAAGAUUUACUUGAAACACAAACACAGGCCAAAUGAUGUUUGAUUUACUUAUUGCAAUGUGAUGAGUUCAAUGUCAGUACUGCUUCAGUUUCUGUUUAAUUUUUGGGAAGAUUUGUCUUGCUUUUACAUUAAUUUUUUCGGGCAGCCCGCGAUUCUGCUUUCUCCAUUUGUUGUUGUAUGUAACCCGUUAAAUGAAGGUGUUCGGGGGUAACCCUAACCCUAAUUUUUUUUUAAUAUUUGUUGAUGGGGAAGCUGGGUUAGAGUAUCAUAUUAAUUUAUUACAAAUUUUUUAUAAAUAAAAAUAAAAAAGCAUACCAGAAAAAGGGCACUUUCUCUCGAAGAAAAAAAAGGGCAGGGGAUCAAGUCUCCUUUGAUGUCUGUGUGUGCGUGUAUGCGCAUGAGCUACUAGAUAAUGUAAUAAGAUAGGGCAUACAGGCUAAUGUAAUGUACUUCAGGGUAGACACUACAGGUGAAUACAGUCAAAUUUGUACCUAAUGAUGUCAUCAAAAUCGCCCUCUUGAUAUGCAUAUUAGACUUUAACUAAUAAAAAUGUGUUACUAUUUGAAUACAUUUGCCAGUUGGCACUGCAGGUGAAUAGGAUAAAAAAAAAUACUAAAACAUAUAACUACAGAACUUUCCCAGCUAAUGACUUACAUCAAGAAAUGGUAUAUUUAAAUAUGCAGAUUAGUUUGUUUGGUGAAUUUAUGACAAAUAUACAGAUGCAGUUAGAGGGUAGUAAAACAAACACAAUCAAAAUGCUUCCUUUUUAACUUUUCUUUCCAUUAGAGUGAAAGAAGACAUGGAACCAAGAUAGACCAACAUCUAAAAAUGUACCAGCACAUGAAAAAUAUAUGUAUGAUUGUAGGUUGAUAUAUCUUUAUUAAUAAACGAUACAGACAGCCCUCCCUCAAAUGUGAAAGGAGGGAAUUGUAGAUACACUGAAACUAAGGUCCAAUCCUAUUUCACCCCUUGGCCCUACCCCUUAGCCCUUCCACUUCAUUUAAUGCGUUCACGUGUAGGGGUAGGCUGUCCCAAUAGGGGAGAGCGGGGUAAUGUGGGACAUUUUUUACAAUUGCUCCCCUCUAGGUGAGCUGGUCCAGUAAAGUGGUCCACUUAGUUUUUCCACUUUAAACUACCAUAACAAUACAUGUUGUAAUAGUUAAAAUCCCGACAGCUAGAUUGACAACCACUAAUAUCGGACUAGUAAAAGGAUCAUGGUGAGACACUGUCUCACUUUACCCCACAGCCACCGUUUUAGAAAAACAACAUCUCUUCCCAAUUCAGGCUAAUCUUCAGCUAGCAUCAAUCACAUGGUUUUAUAUGUUGGAAGUUCACCAACAUGUAUGAUAUAAGUUUUUCUACCUGAUUCUAUUUGUUUUGACACAACAGUUGAUUAAGUUCAAAGCACGAAAAUUUACUUUUACAUGUAAAAAACACAUUUUUUUGAAAAAACAUACUUUCCACAGCACCAGCACCGACUUCUCCUUCAUGUCAAGGGGGGAAUGGGAGGGGCUUGAAAACAUAAUGGUCAAAUGACCACAAAUGUGUUCCGUUGCCUAGAUACAGGGGGUGUCUCACAUUACCCGAUGUCCCACAGUACCCCGCUCUCCCCUACCUGUUGGGACGGAGAGGUAAGGCUUUAUACCCCUCAAACUAAGUUUUUUGGGACCCUCACUUCAAACAGAGGGGUACCUAAGAUGUCUUGCCUACACCGGCAAGCUGGGACAGAGACCCUAAAAUGUAGUAUUUUCUCAAAAAAAAAGGAUUUAAAAAUUCGUAUAUUUAUUAUAAUAUCGUUUCAAUGUAUUAUGGUAACUUUAUUCACAACAGCCUUAAAAUAAGAUUGCGAGCGCGUAGCGGUAGCAUGCUAGCAAUCUUUUUUGGGUAUGAUAAUACCGUAUUUUCACAUAAAGUCUUGUCGUUCAUUAAAUAAUAAUCUUCAGAACAAACUUUACAGUGAACAAAAAAUGCAAGCCAGAAAAAAAUCUUUGAACACUGCUGAUAUAUAUAAAUGUCUGUAUUCUAAAGAAAUAUUAUUUCAUGAUUGAAAUGUUAACAACAACCAUGCAAAUACCAUGAGAAAAUAAAGGGAACAACAGCAACCAUGCUUUAGUCAUUAUUACAUUUUUGGGGGGGCUUUCUUGUAAUUCUACCUGACCGCAACCGUGAGUGCAAAAUAAAGAUUUCCAGUAUGUCAUUAGUGCAUUAAAAAUGAUCCAAUAUACAUUUAGCUUAAAAAUGUAAAAAAAAUCUAAAAGGUUUUAGAGAAAAAAAUAUGAUACUAUUUUUUUAGAGUUCAAAUAAUAAUAUUCACUAGGAAAAUUGAGGUACAAGUAAAAAAGCACCUGUAACUUUGCUUUAAAGAAAUUCUCUGGAAUAUUCCCUCCAAAUAAAUGUAUCUUCAUAAAACAUUCAAACUAGAAUGGCACCAAGUCUCUUCUCCAGGAUAGUCUGUGUUUCCCACUCCUGUGAUUACCUGCUCCUCCCUAAUUUGUUGCACCUUUUGCAAUUGUCUUGUCUCUUGUGUAUUUAAAACCUGCGCUACUCUCCUUCUGUGCAAGAUCGUGUCAGCGCUCCAUUAUUAUCUUCCUCUGUAUGCCCUCCUGUUACGACCAGUUUUCUGGACAUUCUAACCCGUGUUUGCCUAGGGGAUUUUGGAUACCUCUGCCAGAUUUCUUGGACUGCCUUUUUGUGUAUCGAACCUUGCCUGAUUCAGUAAAGCCUUUGUUCUUAAUUCAAACAAAAUUAAAAAAAUAUGCUCCUAAUUGUUCACACAGACACUCUCUAAACAAGGUUUCAAAGUGCUUUACAAACUCAAUUGCAAAAAUUAAUGAAUGAAAAUAAAAGUUACUCAAUUCAGAUUAAUUAAUCAGUCCCCUACAUAAAUCAGAUUUUCAAUUUGCUUAAACCCUACAGGACCAGUGGCAGGUCUCAAUCAACUGUAUGCUGCCCCCUGGUAGGUUUUUCUUCCUGACAUUUGCAGAAACUAUGCUAAUUAACAGCACAGACUGGCUCAUAAUCAAAUGGCCAUGUUUUACAGAUAUACAGUAGCUUAAAGCAGCCAGAUCAGCUUCAAAAAGAGACUGCAAAUAAUUAAGUUUGUAAUGCAAAGGGAAGGGAACACGGUCUAAUAAUCCCUGGUCUCUGUGAAGAAAAUAGAGUCCAAAAGUUUCCAUACUCCAUCCUUGUUGAAGGAGCCCUUGCACUUCACGAGGUCUAACAAACUGAGAACUCAAGGCCAGAAUGCUAAAUCCUCCCAUUAGGCUGGGAAAGGAGGUCCAUCCUUGCUGAGUGGAGCUGCCAUGGAUCUCCAUCCAACAGACUGAGGAUUGUAGAGAAUCAGUGGUGUAGUGCAUAUGUAGCAGGUAUUAGAACUAAUAGUGCAUUCCACCAAAAAUCCCUCUGCUUUUGUUAAUUAUUAGUUUAUUGUAUUGGGUUUUUACAUGAGUUUGGCGCCCUCUAUUGGUCGCGGGUGGACAUUGUGUUUAUUUUCCAAGCUCUCAUCAGAAUGCAUUGGAGCUGGCUGAGCGCGACACUAAUGGUUAAAUUUCUUAGCUGAAGGUAUAUGUUAGUUGUUUAUAUGUUCAUUUGUAUUGUAAGAUUAUAGCAGUCGAACCGUUAAAUUUUGUUAUGGUUAAUUUUCAUUUGUGAGUUAGUUCAGAGUGUUUCACCUAGAUAACGAUAAAAAUAAGAUAAAGUAUCUUUAUUGUUAAUUUCUGAACAUGUUCAAGACAUACAAGUAAUCGACACAACGUUUCUCACUCUCCCACAGUGAAACAUAUACAGUGCUUAGGCACAACAGAUAACACAAGACAUUUCCUAAUACUAAGUAAACAUACAGAUUUUUUUAGUAAAGCAGCAAACAUGUGUAAUGUUUCUGUGCAUGUGCGCUGGCAUUCGCCAUUUUCUGAAGUAUGUCCUGAAGUAUGCCUGUUGAACCAUAUAUUUUUUUAUGUUAAUCAUGUGACCAAAUGACCAACAUUGUUUUCUUUUCUUCUGCUGAAACUCUGAACAGGUAUGUUUUGUUGUAUAGUACUCUUAUUGAGGUAAAUAGCCAAUGUGAAUCUUUUCAUGAUGUGUGACUGUGGUUUGAGUGAAUGUGAUACAUUCAAAGACAAUUGUAAAUUUUAGUUUUGUUAUUUAUUUUUAUGAAUACUUAAGUUUUUUGGCAUGUGUUAUUUCUUAUAUAGGCCUUUUUGUUUUUAUUAGGCAAGAUUUGUAUAUGUACUAAGAAUGCAUUGGAGCUGGCUGAGAGCGGCAUGUGACCAAAUGACCAACGCUGUUUUCUUUUCUUCUGCUGAAACUCUGGACAGCAAUAAAAGUC